AUGGCUACUACAAUCCCAAAAAUCUCCACCAUAAUACUACCAAUAUUAUUCCUUCAUCUCACAUCUUGGCAUGAAGCAUUGGCACAUGUUCAUGAUAAUACUACAAACAUCGAAUAUUGGUGCAGCACCACCCCCCACCCCAACCCCUGCAACCACCACAUGAACCAACUCCACCCCAAAUCCCACCACGAUUUCCGGACCAUGACCAUUGCGGCCGCGAUGGAGACGGCCGCGGCGGCCAAAACCCUAGCCAGAGAGCUCAGCUCCACGGCCGACACCACAAGCAAGAAGAUGCUGCAACGAGAGUGCGAAGAUCUCAUAGACAACACUAUCCUCCAACUAAACACUACACUGCAAAGCAUCAACAUCAAAGCAAGCAUGGCCCACGACGCGCAGACGUGGCUCAGCGCGGCGCUGACCAGCAUCGAGACCUGCGUGUCCGGAUCCCGCCAGCUCAGCCUCCCCGAGUUCAGCUCUCCGAUCCUCACCGCAAACGUUUCCGAGAUGAUAAGGAACAGCCUCGCAGCGAACGCGCCUCUGUUGGAGAAGUCCACUGAUCGUAGAAUGCUAGGAGAGGGAGAGCGGAAGCUUCUGCAGGAUUACGUGUGGGCGUCGAGAGCGAACGUGACGGUGUCCAAGGACGGGUCGGGUCAGUUCGGGUCCAUCCAGGAGGCCAUAAACUACGCGACGGCUAACCGGCUAGGGAAGAAGAGGGUGAUCGUGUAUGUGAAGAAGGGAGUGUAUGAGGAGAACGUUCUCGUCAACAGAACCAUGACUAAGGUGAUGUUGGUCGGAGACGGAGUCAGAAACACCAUCAUCACUUCCAACCGGAGCUGCUCCGCCGGCUUCACAACAUACAGCACUGCCACAUUUGGCGUGGACGGGAAUGGAUUCAUAGCGCGUGGAAUCACCUUCCGCAACACGGCGGGGGCAGAGAACGGGCAGGCGGUGGCGCUCCGGUCAGCCUCGGACCUCUCGGUGUUCUACGCUUGCAGCUUCGAAGGCUACCAAGACACGCUGUUCGCGCAAGCCCAGCGCCAGCUCUACAAAUCCUGCUACAUAUACGGCACCGUGGACGUCAUCUUCGGCAACGCCGCCGUCGUCAUCCAGAACUCCGUCAUCUACGCCCGGAAGCCCCUAGGCGGGCAGGCCAACGUGAUCACGGCGCAGGGGCGGGGCGACCCGUAUCAGAACACGGGCAUCUCGAUCCACAACUGCCGGAUCCUGGCGGCGCCGGAGCUGAGACCGGUGGUGGAAUCGGUGAAGACGUAUCUGGGGCGGCCGUGGCAGGAGUACUCGAGGACGGUGGUGAUGAAGAGCUAUCUGGACGGUCUGGUGGAUCCGGAAGGGUGGUCCAAGUGGGGCGAUUCGGACUUCGCAUUGGAUACUUUGUAUUAUGGGGAGUAUCGGAAUUUCGGGCCGGGGGCUUCUACCGAGAACCGGGUUAAUUGGACGGGUUACCACGAUAUAAACGACACGGACGAGGCGGCCCAGUUCACGGUGGCGAACCUUAUAUUUGGUCGACAGUGGCUGCCUGCUACCGGUGUUCCGUUUACUGUUGGCUUGUGA